UCAGUGCAGCGCGGAAGCAGUGCGAGACGCUCGCGGGAGAUUUUAGAACCACUUGAGAUUUGAAUCCGCGCAGUAACAAACCUUCAUUCAACACCCAGACACGCUCAGAGAUACCAGAGGUCUGUUUGCAUGGGAGUCCCAGAGAAGGCAUGGAUCCCUUGAAUUUUCUAACUCACGAAGAUUUAUUGAAGUUCUUUCAUUGUAAGAAGACAGAGAUUUCGUGCAUUGAGGAACCGCACACCUUUCUCAACCAGCUCCGAGACCACAACCUGCUACCCGAGAAGCUCUACCAGAAGGUGAUAAAGAUGAAGAGUAAGAAGAGAAGACAGGAUGGGGUAUAUGAGAUUUUGGACACACUGGAGAAGAAGCGUGGACAGUGUGUGAAGCUGUUCUGGACUUGCGUGUUUCAGGAACACAUCCUUCAGAAAUACCCCGUUCUCCGCUUCCUCCGAAGCAGCCUCCUGGAUGGCACCUACAAAGAGUAUGUGGAUCUCCCUGACACGGAGGAUCUGAACUGUAACGAGAACGAGUCGGUGCAGACAGUGGAGAAGAAGGUGAAGGGAGGAAAGAGGAAGAAAAGUGUCGAAGAGGCUGAUGAGGAGGAUGAACAAAGACCUUCCUCUUCUUCCACACCUUCACCGAAGAAACAAGUCAGAAAGCCAAUAUUCUCCUCUCCAUUAAAAAAAGGACAGAAAGCUGAGAUUUGGAAGUGGAGUAUUUAUAAAUCUACUCUCCCUGUUACCUGUGGUGAUAAAAAAGCCACUCUGUAUCGAGACAGACUGGCCAAAGGGAUAAAGUGUGUUCUGUGUGAGGGUCAGUGGUUCGUCCCGAGUGGCUUUGAGAAGUUUGCAGGAAAGGGAAGCCACAAGAACUGGAAGCUUUCCAUCCGCUGCCAAAAAACUCCACUGCUGAAACUUAUCAAAGAGGGGCAUCUUACGUGUCCACGGAUGAGGAGGCCAUGCGAUCGCAAGAGACCGAGAGCGCUGUUUCCUUUGAGCUCCUCAGAAAGCUCCAGCUCUGCGUCAGAGUCUAUUGAAGAGAUAGAGGGAUUGAAUGAAAAUGAGCAGGUGGAAAGAGAAGAUGGAAGAGAAGAGGAAAAUGAAGAAGAGGAAAAUGAAGAAGAGGAAAAUGAAGAAGAGGAAGAAGAGAGCGAGCCAACAGAUCUGUCAGAGUUCAAGGCUGCAGUGUUACCAGUCAUCUGUGGUUCUUUAACUGGGGAUUUAUAUAAAAAAAGAUUUACAGGGUCACGCACUAAGAGCAUCCGCACAGAGAAGUGCUGGUUCACCCCUGAGGAGUUCAUUAAGCAGGAGAUAAAUCUGACUAACGGACACUGGAAGAAAGAUAUACUUUGUCAUGGCAGAACCCUCAACUUCCUGGUGAAGAAGAAAAUCUUGCAUAUCCAUUCAUUGCUGUGUCGUUGUGAUCAGUGCUCUCCUGAGGAUGCGCGGGAUCUAGACAAUGAUGAUGUCUGUUUUAUUUGUGACACUGAUGGAGAUGAGAAUAGAGAGCUGGUGUGCUGUGAUGAGUGUCCACGAGCUUUCCAUCCGGACUGCCACUUACCGGCUCCACCGAACGCCUCGAGCACAGAUAGCUGGAUGUGCACUUUCUGUGUUCGGAAGAGCAACCAGCAAAUGUGGAAACACAUGAGUCUGCAAGAUGCUUUAAACAGUCCUGUAACCAAAAACAUCAUGCGCUGUGAGUACUUGCUGUUGUGUGUGUAUAAGGAGGACACACAGCGUGUGUUUACUGACGAUUCCGUCAACAAAGUUCCGGAAAACAGAAUUUCUAAUCCCAUGUGGUUGGACAGAGUAAAGACCAGACUGCAGAGAGGAAAAUACAGCACAGUGGGAGAGUUUGUAGGUGACAUCAGGCUCAUCUUCCAAAACUGCCAAAUUUGGAACAGGGAUAAUGACUUAGCCAUGAUCGGAGCCAGAAUGAGUAGGAUCUUUGAGCAGAAGUUCCACGCUGUCUUCAAGAUCCAAUAUACACACUCCUGCACGUUGUGAUUGGUCGGUUUGCAAUUGGCAGACACAGAAUGUUAUUUGCUUAAGUUUUGCUUAAGUUUUUUUCUCUCUCUUAACUUCAAGGUAAUGAGGAGAGUUUGUGAAUUUGCCACAGGAAAUUAUGAGUAACAGGCGAACACUACUGUGUCAUAAAAUAUAUGGGCCAAUCAGGUUCCAGUAUGCAAAUUUGAUAAGGCAGAUGUUUUAGUGUUUUUUUUUUUUUAGAUUUUUUUAAAAUCUAAAAAAAAAGAUUUCUGGUCGACUAUAACAUAAAAAACCCAGUUACUUGCUUCAUGUUACCAGAAAAGUGUUUAUUUUUCCAUUGUGUAUUUUACUUCACAUAACCUUCUAGGGCAUUUCAGGAUUUUAGCUGAAUUAUGAAGAUCAUUGUGCAGGAUGUCGGUUUUACAGAGAGAAAAAAAUCAUGUUUACUGCUUGAGAAUCCAAUACUCCUUUAAUUAAUAUCCUCAUAUUCAUCUUUAAUACAAAAUCUUUUUGAUAUAUUAUAUAAAGCCUGUCAAAAGUGUGGAAACACCAAGUCAUUUAUGGAUUUUGAGAGACACAUGCGUGUUCCUUAUGUUUCUAUGCAACAAACUCAGUACUUUAACAUUAUGAAGAUUUCCUUUGACCAGAAACAUCUAGAAAUAUCCAGAUGUUACACUUUAUUUGAAUUGAAAAAUCCUCCCUUAGCAUGAAGAACAGCUUUACACACUCUCAGCAUCCCAAUAGCAUCUUCAAACAUUCAGUUGAAAUACUUUGCUGUGCUUCUCUGAAAAACUCACCAAAGAAGUUCUUCACUAGUUGGAGAUUUCUGUCUUGUGAUGCGGUUCAGUAGAAUUGAGGUGUGGUGACUGGGCAGGUCGUUCCAUGAUGGAUAUCACUCCAGACGAUCGUUUGCUGUCUAAAUAACCUUUACAGAGUUCGGACGUAUUCACUGAAGAAUGAAUUGGGAGCCAUGUUGGAUUAAUUUUCUUUCCACCUGGGAAAAAAACCCAAACCAUUAAACUUCCACCUCCAUGUGUGAGUGUGGGGGUGAGGGAGUCUGAUCACAUCAUCUCUCCUGUUCUCUAUUUUACACAAGUUCUUCUGUUAGAGACAAAAUAUGUCCCAUUUGGACUCCACAGAACUUUCAUCCACUCGUUCACUGUCACUGUGUGUGUUUGCCUUUUAAUGAGUUUAUUGCAUAGAAACAACUUGAACAUGAAUGAGUCUCAAAAAAUCUUUAAAAGUGAAUCUAUUGUAUUUUUUAACACUUCAAUUAAAUAAUUCAAGAAAAAAAUAGAUUAACUUUUAAUAAUAAACAAAAUGGUUACAAUUUUAGAUUUAGAACCGUCAACAUCUAAUUCAUUUCAGAAAGUUGAAAUUGUUCCAUUUAGAGUAUUUAAAUGUUUUGUUUAUAUCAAAGUGUAGUUUUUAGCUACAAGAUGUAAUUUUCUUUGCAAUUUUUUUAAGUUUCUAAAAAUGGGGGGUUUAAUUUUUAUUCAUCAUCCUAAAAACUGUCUCUGAUAUAAAACUUGCUUGAUUUCAAAAAGCCGAGUCAUAUUAUAUCAUACUCGUAUUUACAUAAAAGAUGUUUGUGUCAUCCGGAGCUCAGAGCAAUCAAACAUUCACACGAGCAAAAAUACUGACUGUAAUUCAUUUCAUGUUUCUGUGUAACGAAUGUCAAUAAAAGAAGAAAUUAUAUAGACAA